AGAAAAGUUCAGAGGGUAACCAAUGAGGAGGUCCGAAGCAUUGCAGUGCUGCUCCGACAUGGCCAGCCUGUUGUCUGGUUAAUGGAAUUAGACCGUUUAAAUCACUAUGUCACUUAAAAGAGUAACGCAGUUGUCUCUUUAUACGGGAAAUACUGUACAUGUAUCUCCCCAGCUAAUUUACUGAGACACGGGUCACGCAAGAAGGGACAAGCAAAGUGAACGGCGUGAGGGUGCCUUAGCAGGAGGGUGACUGAAUGAAGCAGUUGUCGGCAAGGUACCGGGCAAACAGUUCAACUCUUUCACCACUGCUGUAGAAAUGCGGAAUGGGCCGUGAUGCACCAGAUACCCGGUGUCACACGGCGGAGGACGGCCAGGUUGCACGGUGGCGGGGGGGCGAAGGACACGGGCGGCCACUGCGAUAUUUUAGCGUGCUAAACUGACAGCUCCUGAAAGGACAUCAAUUUAAAGUAACCUGCUGCCGGGGAGAAGGCAGAAAGAACUGGUUACGAACUGUGCACGGAGAGAAGAUCCGACCUUCGCUUGCCAAGAUGAGUGCAUUUCGGGGUGGGGGGGCCACUUGGCGGCCACAGCCCUGGCAGGACGGGGAUGGGGGGGGUGGGGAACCCCUCUCGGACAGCGACUCGGAGGAGGAGGACUUUCCGGAUGACAGCACCACCCCCCUGGGAAACUACAUCACACAUGGGCUGAAGCAGCUCUUGGAUGCUCAGCAGCUGUGCGAUGUGACUCUCCUGGUGGAGGGUAAGAAGUUCAUGUGUCACAGAGUUCUCCUGGCCGCCGUCAGCCCCUACUUCCGCGCCAUGUUCACCAGCCCCCUGGUGGAGUCCCGGCUCACGGAGAUCCGGCUGGAGGAGGUGACGCCGUCCGUCAUGGAGACGGUCAUCCAGUUUGUGUACACGGGGGAGGCGGGGCUCAGUCUGGACACAGCGGAGGACCUUUUCGUGGCGGCCAAUCGGCUUCAAGUGAUGCCCCUGCAGGAUUUGUGCUCCAGGUUCCUGUUUGAGCACCUGUCCGUGGAGAACUGCCUGGGGAUGUACUCCCUGGCGCGCUCGCACCACGACCAGCUGCUGCUGCGGGCCUCUCUGCGGCUGGUGGCGCAGCACUUCCCCCGCGUGGCGCGGCAGAACGACUUCCUGCUGCUGGACCCGGGCACGCUGGGCAGCCUGCUGGCGUCCGACCGGCUGGGCGUGGACUCGGAGGCGGAGGUGUACGACGCCGCCCGGCGCUGGGCCGAGCACCAGCCGCGCCAGCGCUACGCCCACAUGCCCGCCCUGCUGCGCCACCUGCGCCCGGGCCUGCUGGCGCCCGAGGAGAGCCUGCGGCUGGCGCAGGAGCUGGGGCCGGGGCUGGCGGACGGCCCCGCGGGGCCCCUCCGGCCGCGGGAGGGCAUGUUCGAGAAGAAGAUCGUGUGCGUGGACCUGAAGCCACGCGAGGACGAGUCGCUGCGAGAGAGCGACUUCACGGUGGACUGCUUCGACCCGCGCACGGGCAAGUGGGAGAAGCUGGCGGCGCUGGGCUCGCUGCUCUGCCCCGGCUGCACCGCCGUGGGCGGGCGGCUCUUCGUCGCCGGGGGCAUCCUGCGCGGGGGCCAGGUGUCCGCCUCGGUGCACGAGUAUGACACGGUGCGGGACCGCUGGCUGCCCCGGCCCUCGCUGGCCGUCCCGCGGGCCAUGCUGGGGCUGCUGGGGUGCGGGGACACCCUGUACGCCCUGGGGGGCUGCAACCGGGCCGCCCUGCUGGACUCCUGCGAGGCCCUGGACCUGUGCACGCUGCGCUGGGGCCCCGGGCCCCGCCUGCCCCUCCCGCUGCGCUCCUUCGCCUGCGCGGCGCUGCGCGGCCGCCUCUACCUGCUGGGCGGCACCACCCUGGAGCAGAACCGGGCGGUGGUGCACUCGGGCGUGCUCAUCUACCACACGCUGACCCGCACCUGGAGCCGCGUGGGCCUGGACUCCGGCGCCACCUGCCUGGCGGGGGGCGUGGCCGUGCGGGGCGGGGUGUGCGCCGUGGGCGGGUACCUGCGGGACGCCACCAAGUUCCUGGACGGUAACUACACCCAGCUGGAGCCGCUGGACGCCACGGGGCGGGUGCUGUUCUUUCGGGAGGGGCGGGGCUCCGGGGGGGAGCGGGGCGGGGCGCCGGCGGUGGGGGUGGCGGGCACGGACCGGGGCGGGGGAGGGGGGAGCGACCGCGCCCCCAGCCCGGUGGUGUUCCCCGGGUUGCCGCGGCGCAUCGCGGGCGGGGGCGUGGCCCGCUGGAAGCGGCGGAUCUACGUGCUGGGCGGGGAGAACGGCGCCCGUUUCUACGACAGCGUGUACUGCUGGAAGCCCGGCUGGCGCAGCUGGGUGCAGCGGCGGGAGAAGCUGCCGGGGGACACCGGGGGGGUCAGCCAGUUCGGCUGCACCACCCUCAAAUUCCCCAAAAAGCACAUCCUGUCCCGCCUCAGACUGGCGCAGGAGGGCCGCUCCCCCGACGAAUGACAGCGGGCGCGCGAAAGUGGAGAAAGGGUUCGGCCAGGGCGGAGACUGCAUUUGAAUUUGCCCUGCCGGUCAAGCCCAUUUGCAUUUGAACUUCAUGGAAGAUUCGCUAGAAUGGAAACUGGUAUCUGAAUGUAACUCAAGAGCAGUGUUCCAUAACUGACUCAGCCAGCUGCCACAGUGGUCUAGAUCAGGGGUGUCCAGUCUUACCUGGCAGUGGACGGUGUGGGUGCAGGUAUUUGUUCUAGCCCAACACUAAGACGCCUGAUUCUGCUUCAACGAAGACCAUUAUUGGUUAAUUAGUUGACUCAGGUGUCACAGGGCCGGGCUAAAACAAAAGCCUGUGCCCACAAUGGCCCUUUACGGAUAAGAGUGGACGCCCACCUAGAAUGAUACUCGUCCAAUGCUUAUUAAAAGCAGUGCAUGCAAAGCAUGCGUGACCCAAGAGGGUCGUUCUAGAAAGGAUCAGUUUUCAUAUUCAAACGUGACCCCUUAUGAACAGUAUGAGCUGCUGGGGUUUUAGAAUGUCCUUAUACAGUGCUCUGGAAAGCAUUCUCCCUCCUUCUGCUCUUUCACAUUUUGUGCAGCACCUUAAAAUUUUAAUGGAUAUUUUAAACAUUUUAAUGGAUUUUUAGAAAAUGCUAAUGGGUCUAAAAAAAUGUUUUAAUGAAUUUUAAAAAAGAUUUAAUGGAUAUUCCCUUCAUCAACACAAUGCAUUUGACACAUUUAUGAUCAUUCUUUUCGGCAACAUUUAAAAAGACGCAUUUCUGAGUACAAACGUGUUCACCCCCCAGUGUCAGCACUUCAUGCUCUGAGUCUUCUCGGUGUGUCUGUAUGAGUUUUGCUCAUUAAAAAUUUUGCCCCUUUCUCCAUGUAAAAUAUUCUCUUUUCUGCUAAUGCUGGCCUUAGACUAGGCAGUAUUUUGAGUAAUUUUACAGUCUUACACGUUGGAGUGUAAGAAACCCCUCAGAUACACCAAACGGCCCAUCCAGGUCACCAACUGGAAGAAAUCAAAACUUGUCACAUUGAGGUUAGCAACUGUAAGAAACCCCUCCGCAAAUCAAACAGUAGAAGUAUCUGAGUGGCGGAGGAACGCGUGUAGUCUUAACCGGUGCUACUGGAAUGGGAUUAAUUUAAUGUUAUCUCACAAAUAAUUUAAUGUUGUGAUCACAAACUCAGUCAGGACUGUCUUAAUACAGUCUUUUUCUCAUCUCAACUGUUGACUCAAAAAGUUUGUGAUUUAAGUCUGAGGUGUGACUGGGCUAUUCAGGAAUACUGACCUUUUUCUUUUUAAGUCAUUCAUCUGUUGCUUUUCCCAUGUGUUUUUGGGUCAUUUUCCUGUUAGAGCAUGAAUCUUCUCCCUGAGUGCAGAUCUGCUGUGGAAUGAAACUCAGUUCUCCUCAGUGGAUUGCCUGCAUUUGACUCCAUCCCGCUUGUCCUUGCUGGUAACCAGCCUCCCAGUCGCUGUUGAAAAGGCAACCCCACACGAUGCUGCCGGCACCAUGCUUGACAGUAGGGAUGGCGUUACCUGGGUGACGGGGCCGAUCGUAGUGCUUUCUCUUCAAGCCAAAGAGCUCAUUCAAGAAUGUCUCGGGGCCCGUCCCAUAGCUUUAUGUAGGCCAGAUUGGUGAAGUUCUGGUGAACCGUUGGUUCUUUGGACCGCACCUCCCAUUUCAGUCAGUGAGCUCUGCUGCUCUGUCAGUGUUGCAGCUGGGCUCCUGGGCACUUCUCUCCUUUCUGAAGAGCCUGAAAGGUUCAUCUCAAAAGUUCCACAGGUCGUUCCUUGGCAUGCCUGACUGAUCUGAUCUGCAGUAAUGGAGUUGCACACGGGUGUUUUCGAAAUCAACAUAGGCAGACCUGGUUAAUGUAUUUAGUGUGAUUUCUCAAGAAAAUAGUUGAUAAUACAAAGGGGGUGAAUACUUUUCAAUUACACCAUUUUCAUGUUUCUAUUUUUGUGAAAUUUGCAACACCACAAAAUAAGAAAUAAUCAAUGUGGGUGAAAACUUUCUGAAGGCACUGUACAUCCAAUCAGGUCACUGUAUUGGGUAGUUUUCCCAGAAUUCCAAAUCUAAUAAUUCUAUAAUAAUUAGGUUUUAAACCAUAAAUUAUUAUUUUAACACUACGGACAUUUUAACAAGGGAUAAUAACUAGACCACAAAAGGGUCUAUUUAAUUUUUUUUUUAGAAAUUGCAAUGUUGGAUAAAAAAAGCUUACAAUGAUGAAUUUGUUUUUUUUUUUAAUUGCAUAAAUAAGAAAAUGGUAAAGUCAUGAUGGAAUUUUGACUGUGUGUGUUGUGGAAUACUGCACUUGAAGUGGUUUAUAGAGACUGUGAUUUUAGUCGCAGGAAUCCACUUUACUUGACACAACUCCCCUCCCGCUUCUCACACUUUCUUGUUUUGGGUUGUUUGCCUGCUGCUAUUUUGCCCGGUCUUAGCCUUGCUGGGGCAGUUUGAGAUUCUUCAUGGGAAUCCAUAAGAAAAACAAGAUGACGGCUGUCGUCGGUUUUUGAGCCCUGGUUCUUAGCUUUAGCCUUCAGCUCUGUGAAGGCUCUACUGGACAACCCUGACCCUUGGUUCAAAUUGGUUCAAGAACCAAUUGCUUUGACUGACAAAAAAAAAGAAACCUGAGGGCCUUCUUCAAAUGUUGACUCUAAAGAUAAUGCUUUAAGUAAUUUUAUCUAAGAAAACAAGUGAAUGACAUAAUACCAAAGUAAUUAUGGUUCCUAGUCAUGAAAUGAUUUAGAAACGGCUUUACAAACUCACCACUGAAGCUUGAAUUGUACGUAUUUGCAUUUUGUACAUUUGUCUCAGUCGGUGGCGAGAUGAGACAGUUUACUAACGUUCACAGUUUUGUGAUUGAUUAAAAGCAGUGUGCUAUAAGGUGCCAUUGCUAUGGUGCAUUAAAAGGUGCCAUAAUUGUACAAUUUCAGGAGGUUGCACACAGGUGAAAGGCCUAUAUUCAAGUGUUCUUCCACCCUCAGUAGUGACCCCAGAAUUAUAAUUGGCAGGAUGUGGCUAAGAAAUUGUUAGUAUUUGGAACAUAUACGAUACUUUUGUGGUUUUCAGGCUCAAAAUGUUGAUUGGCCUCUCAAAUUGCCUGCUGCAGGUUCAAUGCUCUUUCUAACAGAGUUUGAGACUGAACCAUGUGCUGACUGAUUGUGCAAAUAAAAUGGAAAAAAUUUAAUGGAAAGUGAAUCUUUUAUAUCUUCAUGCUAUUAAAUGUAUGCACAUGAAAAUAUUUACUAGUUUUUAUUCCUCUGUCCAGAUCCCAAAAUAUAUUUCCCACUGAACCAAGGGCACAGUGUCAGUAAUACAUUUUUAAUAUGAAUUACACCUUUCCAAUAUGCACCAUUCACAUUUCAGGGCUGUCCAGGAAAAAAAAAGAAAGUUUAUUUUUGGAGAAAGGUCCGUGGUUUGAUUGACCACUUGAAACCUGCGUUGAUUGGUUGUGGACUUUUCAUUUCCAGCCUCUGCAGAAUGAAUCCUGUUUUAGAGUAACUGCCACAUAUCAAAGGCCACUUAGCUGAGAUUAUGGUGUUUUUCCCUAACAUCCCUCAAUUUGCCAUCAGUUGGGUUUAAAAAAAGCACACGCUGCAGAUUGACUGAUGUAAACCUUAGUUUUAGCUUCAUGAGCUGUGCAGCAGCUACAGUUCAUAAGGCUGGGACAUACCAUUCAGUUGUCUGUCGGUGGUUUUCCAAGUGGUCAGAUCACUGUUAGGAAAGCCAGACCCCCCUCACCCUCCCCCCGGGUCCUAACAGAAUGAGAUGGCCCACCUCUCGUCUGGGGUCUCAGUGACUUUGGCCACCGCCCUCAGAGUAGCAUGGGUUUCAAUGUGGACCUGUCGCUCGGGUGCUGUCCUGGGACCCUUUGUGAGUGGGUUCACCCUGACCCCAGCCCUCCAAACCUUUCCGAACAACACCGUCCCACAAAAGAAGCCAAAGUGAAACGCCCGCAGGCAUACACGCAUUCUGUACAACAGACAAAAACGACCUGCUGCCCACGCCAGAGGGGGCGGGGCUAUCCGGAGCCAGGAUGUGCUUAACGUAGCUGAGUAUCGCUGUCACUCGAGCCCUGCACUCACCGCUCCCUUCGUCCACCUGUCCGGCUUACUGCUCGCCUGCACUUUUCUCUCUGAUGUACUGAGUGUCACUUUGUGUUUUCCUGCCCUUUGGGACAAGCUGUGCAUAUUGAAAGCAGAGGUGUGUGUGUGUGUGUGUGUGUGUGCGUGCCUCUGUGUGUGUAUGCGUGUGUGUGCGCCCCACUAAAGAGAGGAGAGCCCACACCUGAGCCAGAAACAGAAUGUACAGAAACUGAAAAGCAAAAUAAUAUUUUGAACUGGUUAUAACAGUGACAUUAAAAUGAUUUAAAAGAAUAUUUGCUAAUGCAUAUUGUGGGAGUAAUUGGCUUUGCUGGCUCUUUGAAGCUUUUUAUUUUUAAUUGUUUUCCCCCCCUUGAAGACGCACAUAAUGUAUCCUUGUAUGCACUGCUUUUUUGUGUAAAUGCUGUUUUUAUACACGCACAAAUACAUGCAGAUGAUGCAUUUGCAAAAA